CUCCCCGCACGUGAUUGGCAGCGCUGCAAUCUCACCUCAGCCCGGUUGGUGCUUUCCGGGAGCCGCCGCUGAUACUAGCGGCGAGGAGGAGCUGACAGUGCAGACCUGGCCGCGAGCCCCCCCCCCCCCCCCGCCCCGCCCGCGAGCCGCCCCGCCGACUUCCCCCGGGAGCGCACGGGCUGAGGCGGUGCAUUCAGCAGCGCCCUGCUCAGCCUCGCGGCAAGCCCGGACUCCCCGCGGCGGGGUUCUCUCCCGCUCCCCCGGAGCAGAGCCAUGAAGGGGGCGCGCGUUACCCCGUGGACGAUCGCUGGGCUCUUUUGGCUGGCUCGCCUUCUGUUGGCAUCCGCUGAAAUAGCCGUCUACACGAAUCAUUUCUGGGUGGAGUUGCACCGAGGGGGCGAGCCAGAAGCGAAGCGACUCGCGGCCGAAUAUGGCUUUAGUGGGGUCCGAAAGCUUCCUUUUAUAGAUGAUGGAUAUCAUUUUUAUCAUAAUGGCAUCUCCAGGGCCAGGAGAAGACGCAGUCUUCAGCACAAGCUUCAUUUGGAAAAAGACCCGAGGAUAAAGAAGGCUGUGCAGCAGGAAGGCUUUGGCAGAAAAAAGCGAGGCUAUAGAGAGAUCAAUGAAAUUGACAUAAACAUGAAUGAUCCUUUAUUUACAAAGCAGUGGUAUCUGAUCAACACUGGUCAAGCAGAUGGGACCCCUGGACUUGAUCUAAAUGUGGCUGAAGCCUGGGAGCUGGGAUAUACAGGGAAAGGUGUUACCAUAGGAAUUAUGGAUGAUGGAAUUGAUUAUCUUCAUCCUGAUCUUGCCUCAAAUUAUAAUGCCAAAGCCAGCUACGACUUCAGCAGUAACGAUCCCUACCCAUAUCCCCGCUACACAGAUGACUGGUUUAACAGUCAUGGAACCAGGUGUGCAGGGGAAGUGUCAGCUGCAGCAAACAAUAACAUCUGUGGAGUUGGCGUGGCAUACAACUCGAAGGUGGCAGGUAUCCGAAUGCUGGACCAGCCUUUUAUGACAGACAUUAUUGAGGCUUCCUCUAUCAGUCACAUGCCUCAAGUCAUAGAUAUAUAUAGUGCCAGCUGGGGGCCAACUGAUAACGGAAAGACUGUGGAUGGACCUAGAGAGCUAACUUUACAAGCCAUGGCAGAUGGUGUGAACAAGGGCCGUGGCGGCAAGGGAAGCAUCUACGUCUGGGCCUCUGGAGAUGGAGGCAGCUAUGAUGAUUGUAACUGUGACGGCUAUGCAUCAAGCAUGUGGACUAUCUCCAUCAAUUCUGCUAUUAAUGACGGCCGCACAGCUCUGUACGAUGAAAGCUGCUCUUCGACCUUGGCCUCCACAUUCAGCAAUGGGAGGAAGAGAAAUCCUGAAGCUGGUGUGGCUACUACGGAUUUAUAUGGCAACUGUACCUUACGUCAUUCUGGAACAUCUGCAGCUGCACCUGAGGCAGCUGGCGUAUUCGCAUUGGCACUGGAGGCAAACCGGGAACUGACAUGGAGAGACCUGCAGCAUCUGACAGUGCUGACCUCCAAAAGGAACCAACUUCAUGAUGAAGUCCAUCAAUGGCGUAGAAAUGGUGUUGGUCUGGAAUUUAACCAUUUGUUUGGCUAUGGAGUCCUUGAUGCUGGGGCAAUGGUUAAAAUGGCAAAAGACUGGAAGACUGUUCCAGAGAGAUUUCACUGUGUUGGAGGAUCAAUACAAGAACCUGAAAAAAUAUCAUCAAGUGGCAAGCUGGUUCUAACACUUACAACUGAUGCUUGUGAGGGGAAAGAAAACUUUGUCCGCUACCUAGAACACGUGCAAGCAGUUAUAACUGUGAACUCUACUAGGCGAGGGGACCUCAACAUCAACAUGACAUCACCUAUGGGGACUAAAUCCAUUUUACUGAGCCGACGUCCAAGAGAUGAUGACUCCAAGGUGGGUUUUGACAAAUGGCCUUUCAUGACAACACACACUUGGGGAGAAGACCCCAGAGGCACUUGGGUUCUGGAAGUUGGAUUUGUUGAUAGCGUGCCACAGAGGGGAGUACUGAAGGAAUGGACACUGAUGCUACAUGGGACACAAAGCGCACCAUAUAUAGACCAAAUAGUUAGAGAUUACCAGUCCAAACUGGCUAUGUCCAAGAAGGAAGAGCUGGAAGAAGAAUUAGACGAAGCGGUAGAGAGAAGUCUGAAGAGUAUACUAAGCAAGAACUAGCACUGUUCUGCUUGUUGGCCUCUUUCCUUUCCUAGAUCAUUCUACUCACCUUUCUGCUAUCCAAACCUCUGUGUUAGACAUAUUACAAUGUUGCCAUAGCCAAAUUAUCAUACUUUAUUGAUUUUAAAGUCUUAUAUCCUGUCAAUGAUUAUUUUAAUUAGAACCAAAGCAGCCUUUUUUUACUCUAAGCCACAAAUAUGUUGUUCCCUAUCAACUACUUUCUACAGUUUGUGACUGUAAAUGAUUUUGUGUCAUACAAAUAGGUAAUAACUUGCAAACAAAACCGUGAUAGCUUUUCCCUUCAUAUUUUUGUGGUAAAUGUUGUUUGUAAUUAAAAAUUUUAAAAAGAGGGAAUAAAUUUUAAAACUGCCAGUUAGUGGUAAUGAACCCAUUUGGUCAGCUUUCAUGACAGAGAUGUUAACAGUAACAUGUUGGCUAGAGAUGCCUUUGAAUGACCAACAGCCUGAUUCUGCGUCAUUGACUUCAAUGGGAGUUUUCCCAUUGGCUUCAGUAAGAGUAGGAAUAGGCCCAAAAAGGAAAAAAUAAUCCAGAGAUUAAGAAAGAUGGUAACCUCCUCUCGGAAAUUAAUGCCUUUUGCCAUUUCCUUAUUACACUUACACCCCCCCCCCCCACAAACACCCCAGCACAUUUUUUGACUUAGAGAUGAUUCAUUUGUUUGUAAUAAGUGAGACAAAAUGUCUGAUAAAGGACGUGCAUUAGGAAACAGGGUCCAAAUGUUCUAAAAGCACAAGUAUUUUUUCUUAAUUUGGUAAUUCAGAUCCAAUUUAUGCCAAAUCAUCACAUUGGGAAUGAAGUUUAAAAUGGAGGGCUACUCUUUUUUGCGAUGUGCAUCUGCUCUCCUUUAUACUGAAAUGUAGUAUAGCAGCAUAAGAUAAGGCUGUGUCAGCAUUUCCAUUAGAGACCCCUGUAUUCUGGGGUUAGGGUUGGUAAUUUGCUUUGGGAGAAACUUGGCAUAUGAACUUUCAGUCCAAAAGCAAUUUUUAAUUCAAAUUUCCUUUUAUUUUAAAAAGUAGAGCUUAGGUCAGUUUUGAGUGUUACAAGUUUAUUUAAGAAGAAAAGCUGCUUAGAUUUUUUUAUAUGUGCACAAUGCAAAGUUAGUUUUGACGAGCAAUAAAGAAUAAAUUUGGGAAAAUUUAUCCCAUAAAUCAUUGUUGCUGUUUAAAGGACCUGUUCCUGCAAUCUUUUACACAUAUGAGUGUUUUAGCAUCUGAUCCAAAAAAGUAAAUUAAACUCUCAGAGCCUGAUCUAUCUACUGCCAUUGACUUCAGAGGAGAUUACACACAGUGGCAAACACAACAUCCACAAGUGUUUGCAGGACUGGGAUUUCAGUUAGUAAUCUCUGAAUAGUAACUAUGGGCCCAAUCCUGCAAACGUACUUGCUUAACUUUAAGUAUAUGAGUAGUUACAUUGGCUUCAGCAGAACUACUCCAUGCUUACAGUUUGUGCAUAAGUGUUUGCAGGACUGGGGCCUAGGAGGUUGGCAGUAACUAGUUUCAGAAUUUGAUUAUUUUCUAUUUUUCUAUGCAUCUAAAAUGUGUGUUAUCAAGAGCUGUUUGGGUUAAUCAGUUGCAAACUACAAUUAAAAUGAAUACGUAUUUACCUAAUGAUUAAAAAUGACACCAACAGGUUAUGAAAUGCAUAGUUUUACCCCAGAAUGUAUUUUUCUUCUAUUAUCUCAAGUGAAUAUUCAUCUCUUAACCUUCCGUAACAGGAUUUUUUUCUUUUCCUUUCAAAUCCCAAACAAAUUAUCUACUUAAACGAUGUUUACAUUAUGUAUACUAUAAGCCAAGUUAAGCACCUAAGUGUUCAUAGGAUCUCCAUUCCCUUACACCAGUGUAACUGAGGGAUUACUCCAUUGCAGACUGGAGUCACACUUAGGUGUAAGUGAGAGGAGAAACAAGCCCUCAGGCUUUUAGUUUUAAAAUACCACCUAAUGGGAGUGACUUUUAAAAUCAUGUUGUUGUUCAUUUGUUCCAAUAGAUGGAAAGCAUCAACUGUAUUUCAUCUGGUGGCCUUAAAAUAAACCAAAGGACACCAUGGGCCCAAUUCUAACCUCAGAUACACACAUGUAACCAAUGAGCCAAUUCUUAAAGUAGUAUGUGGGCGUCUUUGGAACUGGGAAGACACCCAUUAUCUUCAAUGGGUUGUGAGGGAUAGCUCAGUGUUUUGAGCAUUGGCCUGCUAAACCCAGGGUUGUGAGUUCAAUCCUUGAGGGGGCCAUUUAAGGAUCUAGGGCAAAAAAAAAUUGGGGAUUGUUCCUGCUUUGAGCAGGCGGUUGGACUAGAUGAUCUCCAACUCUUAUAUUCUAUGAUUCUAUCUGAGGGAAGAAUUUGCCCCUAUUAUGUGUACAUAUGCGUUUGAUAACACACAAACACACAUGAUAUAUAUAGUAUGUAAUAUAUAUAUGCAAGCAUACCUAAUAUAUAUUACAUAUAGUAUUGAACAUAAUAAAUACAUAUACAUUCAUGCAUCAUGUUUGUGUGUGUAUGUAUUUACUAAAGAAACAGAUCAUUUAAACAUAUUAAAGAGUAUUCUAAAAUAUGGGGAAAGUUCUUGGAUUAAGAAACGUCCUUGUGGCAAUUUUAAAUGAAAGUGUACGUUAAUUCCUAGUGCAUUCAUGUAAUUUUGCAAUUCUCUGUUUAAACAUUAAAUGUCUUAUAUAGCAGCAAAAUAACUAAAUGGGUGUUCAUAUUUUCAUAAUGUUGACUUAAAUUAUUAAGUGCAAGAUGACUGUAAGGGGUGAUUAACAGAAAUUACGAGUUUUGAUAAGCGUAUAUAUAAAAUAAGUGUAUAUACAAUAUAUAUAUAUAGCUAGACUUCAAACUCUUCAGAAUUUUUGCAUCAGGGUAAGCACUGAAAAAUGUCCAGUUAGAAUAAGUUUUUAUGGUAUUGCGGAUGCAAAAUAAAAUUAAUUUAUUAGCAUUUAUAACAGAGGAACUAAUUCAGUUCUCGAUUUAAAACAGGUGAAUGUUGUUAACAUAUAAAGCCCUGUGAUGAUGUUUUAUAAUCUGAGUAAAAUAAAGAGAUGUUGUAAACUGG